AGUGUGUCGCCUGUUUCUGUGGAGGUGUAGUAGUCAUGACAGCCUCUCACGCAUUUCCCACAAUAACGUCCUCAUUUCACGCGCGUCGUGCUUCCUCUUCUGUUUACGGAGCCGAAUGUCCCGCAGUGACCAUCGAUCAUUACCCGGACUGCAGCAAGCCUGUGCUCGGUGAACCCAGACAGCUCGGGCAUGCCAUCGGUGUCAGAUAGAAACAUCAUUCAGGCCACAUUUCGCUUCUUACUUGAAGAGUGAAAGUUGGGGCGAUGGAGACUCCGGGGAGUGAGGCUACGGUCACUAUGAUGGGGAGAACUGAGGAGGGAGACGGCUUCUAUGAUCUGGAGCACCUGCCGCCGCUGCUGGAGGAUGAGGAAAAUGUGUCCCUGGCUGACAUCCUCUCUCUGCGGGACAGCUGUCUGUCUGAGGACGAGGUGUGGGCGGUGUGUGCAGAGUGUGUUGUGGCGCUGCAGAGCAUCAGACCGUCCCACCUCUUCCACACCCUCUGUAUCACACCCGACACUCUGGCUUUCAACGCCCAUGGGAAUGUUUGUUUCAUGGAACAGCUCAGCGAUGAUCCAGAAGGCUCCUUUGUGCCGCCUGAGUUCGACAGCACAGGCAGCACGUUUGAGGGUCAUGUUUACUCUUUGGGCUCCACUCUUUCUGCUGCACUGAGCUUUGUCAUCGAGCCAGAGCUGGAGGCCGAGCUGGGAGAGGAAAUCCAGAAGCUGCUGGAGCAGAUGCAGGAGGAGACACCUGAGGACCGGCCGCUCUUGCAGGACAUCCUGUCUCUGGCUGAAGCCCGGCUGUCUCCUGCCUCAUCCGCUGCUGUGUGCAGAAAGCUCUCCUCUGUUGGACGACGGGUGCUCUCCAUCGAAUCAGUAUCAACCUUUCAAGAUGGACAGGAAGGCUCAUGGGAGGCGCGAUGGCAGCAUCCCAAACCCAGAUGUCUGCUUAAAAGACUGAGCUCAGAUGAUAAUACCAAAGAGCUCUGUGUGGAUACUUCUGCUAAAGCUAAUGGAGUGUCCAGGAAGCAGGUGUGUGGGGGCUGGGAUUCCUCUCUCUGGGCCGAGGACAUGGACGGCAGUGAUGGAGACGGUUUGAUCCUUGCAGACGAGUUGGACUACAGGUCCUACAACAGCUCCCCGGUGAGGAGGAGAGCCCAGCAGAGACUGGCCCGAGGCAGGGGGGCUCUUAACCGCUCCUGCUCGGUCCCAGACUCCAACAACCCCCCCUGUCUCUCCCCAGCUGCUCACGGAGAUAUCAGCGUACCUGUGUCUGACCUCAGUGAGAUAGGAGCUGAUGAACAUUUGAGCGGCAGGUCUGUGUGGAGUAACAGACUUGAAAGACUUGAGCGGGGCAAGUCCUGCGAGUCCUACCCUCACAGCAGCACUGAGGAUUAUGGGAACUCGUUUGUGGACAGAAAAAUGUCAGAAGAAAAUGAGGACACUGCAGAGACAUUAUGCAGUGUGGAAACAAACAUCCAAGAGGAUCAUGAUUGUGAAUCCAAUAACUGCACCCAGGAUUCAGUUUCACCCUUCACUUCAUGUCAGGAUCUGGAGCAGGAAGAGGACUUGUGUAAAGAGCAGAGCUCACUGAACCACAGCCUCUACAUUCUCAACAACCAUAUGACCAAAAGCAUGCUGUGCCUCAAUGAAGAAUCUCAGGACGAGUGGAUCUCUCUCAGAGAGUUGCUGACUCGGUGUGAACGAAGGCUGACAGUGAAUGAGCUCUGGGCUCUGUGUUUCACCUGCCUGUCAUCACUGCAGACAUACAUCGACUUCCCAACCUAUUUAUGUCUCGACACAGUUCAUGUGGGCUCUGAGGGAGAAGUACUUUUCUUGAAACCUAAAAACAUUGGAGCCAGAGAUGAUUUUUUUCUUGCUCCUGAAUAUCAAGAACAUGGAAUUGUGACUGAGAAGGUUUGUGUGUAUGGAGUUGCUGCUAUUCUUUGGGCGACGGCCAAGUUUGGUUUAUCACCCAAUCAAAAGCUGGCAAUGCCACGCAAACUGAAGAGACUGCUGCUGGAGAUGGCUAAGAGGACACCAAUUGAGAGACCUUCCAUCGUCAUGGCCAAAAAGAGCUGUCGUGACAACUUGUCACGUCAAGGGACGAGUGCUGAGACCGUCUGGACGAACCUCAUCAGCAGAGUCCACCCACCAGCCUCAAAACCCAGUGAUGCAGAUGGUUUGAAUGCAAGUGAAACUCAUCAAAGCGCGUGUGAAGAGUCUGUACAAAACAGCGGCUUUGUGCCCACGGCCACUGAGAGCCGACUGGCUCCUGUGCCUGGCCCUGUUCCCCACAGCUACCCAGUCCACAAAGAACUCCAACUUCCAGAAGCCUUCACCUCCACUGCUACGCACUUCUCCCCCAUCAUCCUAACCAGUGAAGGGGACUCGGAGGAGGAGGGCCCAGACCCUGGAGCUGCCAUCGAGGGGACUGUGGAUGGACUAAGGAAAAGCAGUGAAAGCAUUGAGGACAGAGACCCUGAUUUCACAACACACCCAGAGUACCCAUAUUGUGCCAGGACUGAAGCCAGUCUUCAAACACAGUCACCUGUCAGUCAGGCAGAAUUAACUACAACUUGCAGCGAUAAGACACCGGCCAGCAACGCUUCUUCUCUCGCUGAUAUUUCCUGUAUGGAAGUAUCCUCUAACCUGAAUGGUUGUGGUGUUUUCAACAAUUACCUGUUCCAUCAGGAUCCCAGGACUGGACAUCUCUCCCUGGUGCCUGUUCAUGUACGGGCUCCAGAGUCUUUUCAGGGGUUGGACAUAAAUCUCUCCUUGGUGCCACAGCCUCUGCAGAGACUAAUCACAGCUCCAGAGAGCACUGACGAUCAGUUUAAUAACUGUCUGGAUGAGCCUGAACACCAGGAUUAUGACUCACAAUCAUAUUUUUUCAAAGGUAGCUCCAUCAUUUCUGACAGCACACCGGCACACAGUUCACCCAGAGCUUACAACAGACGGACAGAUGCAGGAACACACAAUGAGGACCAGCUUAAAGUCCACCCUACCCUGCAGGAGGUGAUUGACCUUCUCAAAGGGGAGUUUUCUCUUGAUGGAUGCUUGGACAAUGGACAUGAAGACAUCGCAAUGGGGGAGUACAUCUUCUCUUUGAAGGACCUCCAGUACCACAGCUUUGCUAGUGUUGUGAAGGAGAGGUUCAGUCAUCUGUACUGGGAAGAGGACUUGCUGGGUGUACUGCACUGCCUGGUGAACUACAGCUCAUCCACACUCGCAUCUAAUGAGCAGCCCUCAUCAAAGACUGUGGAAAGGGCAGAUGUUAUACCACCCUCGAUAGCGACUGUCUGGGCAGAGAAGAGGGAAGUUUGCAUACAUGGUUGUUUCGACCUGAAUGGAAACAUUCACACUUCCAGUCCUUCUGCAGGGGUUUCUUGGGACAGAGCUGAGGCCCAGUCAUGUCACAGAGAAAAUGAAGCUUCUCUUGAAGAUUUUAAAACAACAUCAGAGGAGAGUCAACACUUAAUCUGUGGAGGCAUGAGCACCGACGGCUCAGAUGCAGGGGUCAUGGAGGGAGGAGAAUAUUCAGUGGGGGGCAGUGAUGAAAGCCCCUCUGAAGCUGACUUUCUAUCAGGGAGAGAUGAAGGCCUGACAGGGGACCACGACGAGCAGAUGAGCCCGGACUGCUCGGAGGAUAUGGAGGACAGUGACUCUGUGGUGUCAGAGAGGCUCGUCUCGCCUGGAUCCGGAGCAGAAGGACCGGGUUUCAGCUUCAGCCCAGCCUGGGCCCUGGCUUUCUAUGGAGAGGACUGUUUCCGUCCAGAAGUGAUCCAGUACGCAGGGAAUCUGGGGCGGCACUCAGGAUCACCAUGUCUGGAUGUGAAAACACAGGAACUGCAGCAGCAGCUGAUGAUUGAAACAAGGAAUCUAAAGAAAAGCAGAAAUUUCUACCAGAAGCUGAUUCAACAGGAGAGAAAAAACAGAGGUUCAGACAACAAACUAAUGGUGUCCAAACUCAAGACCCAGCUUGAAGAACUCAGAUCCAAAGUGGUCUUCUUGGAUAGUGUGAGGAAAUACCUGGAGGUCCUGAGUGUGGACCAGUGGGGUUUGGAAGUUUCAUUGUUACCAUCUUUAUCUGUCUGUGGACCCGGCUCUCUGGAUCUCCAGUCUUCUGAGGAGCCGUCUGUCCUGAGCUUUGGUACCAGCAAGGGGAAGAGAACUCUGCAAGCAGGGUCUCCUGAAGGCCUCAUGGCUUACCUCUAUGCCAGAAAUGCAGUUAUGGAGGGCUACAUCCAGCAGUUUCUGUACACCUACCGUUUCCUUUGCACUCCUGAGCAGCUGCUGCACUUCAUCAUGGAUAAAUUCAUCCAUGCUGCAAGACAAGGUCCGGACAUGUCAGGAGACAGUGAGAAGAUCUUUCAUCGUAGUCUGGACCUGCUCCAACUCUGGGUGACAGACUGCAGACGGGUGGAUUUCAUAUCCAAAUCCAGCCUUGUGGAAACCUUAGAAAACUUCCUGAACACUGAGGUCAUUCCUGUUGACUGCAGAGGGGAGGCCAUUCUUGCUGUUCUCCACAACCCCCCAAGCAAGACUUGGAGCCAAGGAAGAGGAAGCCUGACCAGUUUUGAGGAUGAUGAUGAUGAUUACAUGUCUGUGCAUUCAUCUAGUGAGGACCUCGGGAGAAAGGUCAGUUGGAGGUUCUCCAGAGUAGUGGAGCCCUCCUCCUCCCUGCCCAAAGAGAAGGCCUUCUCCAUCGCCGCUGCCCUCCCCAUGCCGUGCUACAGCUCCAUGCUGGACGACCUCUCUAACGUCUGCCUGCAUGGCGAGGAGCGGCUCCCCUUCAGCCAGAGUGACUACAGUGCGCAUCACAUCGCCCAGCAGCUCACCCUCCUGCAGCAGGAAAUGUUCCAAGGGUGUCAUCCAGUCCACUUCCUCAACUCCAGAGUACAAGGAAUCAUGAACAAAGCCUCAGCCCCCAACAAGAAUGUGUCUCAGCCUGUCCCACCAGCAGAGGGCAGCAGUCUGCUUGAUUGUGAGGGGAUGUCUUCAGACAGCUUCCUUCAGCGACUGCUCGCAUACGCCGACAGCCUCACUAACUGGAUCUCAGCUGAAAUAGUCAUCUGUGACUCGGUCAAGACACAAGCUGCUGUGCUGACCAAGUUUCUGUGGAUAGGGAAACACUGCUACGAAGCGAGGAACUUUGCCACCGCUAUGCAGGUCCUCGGGGGUCUGGAGAACGUGAUUGUCAGGCAAUUACCAGCUUGGAAACAUCUGUCUUCCAAGGUGUGUGAGAUCCUGGAGGAGCUACGAGCUGUGCAGGUGUUUUUAAAGAGUGAUGACCUGUGUCUGAUGGGGGGAGAACAUGCAAGAAAAAGGCCCACCUUGCCCUCAGCUUAUAUCCUUGCCAUGCACGUGCAGCAGCGGGAGAUCGGAGCCUUCACACUCACCACUGGGGCAUACAAGUGGACGAAGCUGAGCCUGUGCUGGUGAACAGAACCAGCUACCAAGUCUCCUGUGGGACUACUUUAUCUAGAAGAGGCGACUCUGAAGGAGAACCCACUGACUACCAAACAGCGUCAUGCAAGGGAGGAAACACUUCAAAUGUUGCCAUGCAGAGGCCUCAGUGAGUCCCAGACUUCUCAAAGGAGGAUAAAAAACGACAGGUUAGCAUAUAAGCUGGCAGGCUAGCCAGUGUGAUAUGUAAUAUCAGCAGAUCAGUUGAGUGUUUGUACUAGAACCACCUUGCAUCUUACCAAACCCAACAUGACAAGCUUAUUAAAACAAGCAAGUUCCAUAACAACAAAUAAGCUGCAGUUAUUUGGAGGUCUCAUACGUGUUCUCAUUACGAUAGCUAAACAGCUAAAAGGCAUUGGGCUAGUAGCUAAUGUUGCUUUUUUUCUUUCUUUUAAUCUGAUUUAUUUUAUUUCAUUCUUAAAGCUCAUGUGAGAAAUGUCUGGUGUGGGUUGAUUUUGCUGCCCCCCUGUGUACAAAGCUGUAGCUAUUGUGUCUCGGCUGUUCUUUUCCCAUACUGUGUGAGAGGGUCAGUCACACAUAUCACUCACUGUGAAUUUUUGCAGUGGAAAACGUAAACAAAGGCUGUGUAUUUUACUGCCACAGACUUUAUUUGACAUUACCCUGGCAGUUACAAGCUUUAAAACCUACUGUACAUUUAAAUGAUCACUCCUGUCUGUGACGGUCUUGUUUGUGUCUGUGGAUCAUUAAGAGGCAUCAAAAUUAAUUUGAGUCUUUUCAUAACCAGCUAAAACCCCCUCACAGGAGCUUUAAUCUCUUCUUUAUUGAACAUAAAAAACAGAGAUUUAAUGGUCUGAAUAAGAACGUUUCAUUUAUCGAGUGUGGCAAAAGUUAGGUUGGAAAACUUUCUGCUCCAGAGUGAAAUUAAAGAAGUCUGUAAAAAAAAUCCUGCAGUGAAACAAUAUAACUACAUUAAAAUUUCAAAUGGGUCUCCACUGUGCAAUCCAAUACAUAUAUUCAGGCUCACAGCUUUAUUGCCACUCUCACAUGUCUUUCUUUAUGAUACUAUAUCAUAUUUCCAUUCAGGAAAACACAUCAGCCUAUGCAUAAAACUGCUGGGAGAGUUUCUCUGUGUCUGUGAGAUGUUGCAACUCAAUCCCAGGGCUCCUAAUCCCACCCCCUCCCUUCCUUUUAGAUUACGACCAUGAUUUUCUGCUUGCUUUAACUUACUGAAAGGUGAUGUAUCGGUAAAAUUAGCACACAGCCAGAGCUCUCCCUGUUCAGACACAUUAUAAGAACAGUAAGUGUCAUUUACUGAUAAUUAGCUCUCUGCCCACAUCCAAAGUAUCCAUCUAUGACAAAGUCGGCCAAUUCUCCACGAAGAGUGUUUUUUCUGUGUCCUUCUCCUCCUCUCCAAUAUGGCUGACCAGAUGCUGAGGUCAAAACGAGAGGUGGAGGGAUGCUAAUGGCACAGCUGUUGGAUUUGGGUUGUCAGUAGGGGUGCCAGUGUUACACCAGAUGGCGCCUGUGGGAUGGGGUUUGAUUGGAAGAGAGGUUUUGGGCCAGAUGCUGGGAGGCCACUGGUUGCGCCAGAUGCUGGGGUCAGGAGAUGUAGCAGAAAGGCAGAGACACAGCUGGUUACUGUGGACCCGAGGUUACCCCUGCUCUCUCCAAAUCAGGUCAAAGCUGGUGAGGCUGUUGGGUAGAGAGCUCAGGCCUAAAAUGCAGAAUUUAGCAUGUGUUUUCACUAUUUCUUUUGUUCUGUGUACCCAUUUUAUGUCACUUCAUCCUCUUAUCCA